UCGUGGAGCAGUGCGCCUGCGCGUCCGCCUCCGGCCCGCCGGCGCCCGGGAGCCGCUGCCGUAGCUGUGGUAGCCGUGGCCGCCGGGGCCCCGCGCCCGCCAUGGCGCAGAUCCUCCCCAUCCGCUGCCAGGAGCACUUCCAGCUCCAAAACCUUGGAAUUAAUCCAGCCAACAUUGGAUUCAGCACACUGACCAUGGAAUCUGACAAGUUCAUAUGUGUCCGAGAGAAGGUUGGUGAGCAGACACAGGUAGUGAUCAUUGACAUGAGUGACCCAAUGGCACCAAUCAGACGGCCCAUCUCUGCAGAGGGUGCCAUUAUGAAUCCAGCCUCUAAGGUGAUAGCUCUGAAAGCUGGGAAGACACUUCAAAUCUUUAAUAUUGAGAUGAAGAGUAAAAUGAAGGCCCACACUAUGGCGGAAGAGGUGAUUUUCUGGAAAUGGAUUUCUGUGAACACUGUUGCCUUGGUGACUGAGACCACAGUCUACCACUGGAGCAUGGAGGGUGACUCCCAUCCCGUGAAGAUGUUUGACAGACACGCCAGCCUGGCAGGGUACCAGAUGAUUCACUAUCGGACCGACAAGAACCAAAAGUGGCUGCUGCUCGUUGGCAUCUCGGCUCAGCAAAACCGUGUGGUUGGGGCAAUGCAGCUCUAUUCUGUGGACAGGAAAGUUUCACAACCCAUAGAAGGCCAUGCCGCUGCUUUUGCAGAGUUCAAGAUCGAGGGAAAUGCCAAGCCUGCCACCCUUUUCUGCUUUGCUGUCCGUGGUCCUACAGGCGGCAAGUUGCACAUCAUCGAAGUUGGACAGCCUGCAGCAGGAAACCAGCCUUUUGUAAAGAAAGCCGUGGAUGUGUUCUUCCCUCCAGAGGCACAGACUGAUUUUCCAGUGGCUAUGCAGGUUGGAGCUAAACAUGGUGUUAUUUACUUGAUCACAAAGCAUGGCUAUCUUCAUAUGUAUGACCUAGAGUCUGGCAUGUGCAUCUACAUGAACCGCAUUAGCGCUGACACAAUCUUUGUAACUGCUCCACAUGAACCGACCUCUGGAAUUAUUGGCGUCAACAAAAAGGGACAGGUGCUGUCCGUUUGUGUUGAGGAAGAUAACAUUGUGAAUUACACUACCAACGUGCUUCAGAAUCCAGACCUUGGCCUGCGUUUGGCUAUUCGUAGUAACCUGGCUGGGGCAGAGGAGUUGUUUGUGAGAAAAUUCAGUACCCUCUUUGCACAGGGGAGCUACGCUGAAGCCGCCAAAGUAGCAGCAUCUGCACCAAAGGGAAUCCUGCGGACAAGCGACACGGUGUGGAAGUUCCAGAGCAUACCUGCUCAGCCCGGGCAGGCUUCUCCUCUGCUUCAGUACUUUGGGAUCCUGCUUGACCAGGGUCAGCUCAAUAAACUUGAAUCCUUAGAACUCUGCCGUCCAGUUCUUCAGCAGGGGCGCAAGCAGCUCUUAGAAAAGUGGCUGAAAGAAGACAAGCUGGAGUGCUCAGAAGAGCUGGGAGAUCUGGUCAAAACUGCUGACCCUACACUUGCUCUGAGUGUGUACCUUCGGGCAAAUGUGCCAGACAAAGUGAUCCAGUGUUUUGCAGAAACAGGCCAAUUCCAGAAAAUUGUGCUGUAUGCCAGAAAGGUCGGGUAUACCCCAGACUGGAUGUUUUUGCUGAGGAGUGUGAUGAGGGUCAGUCCAGAACAGGGCCUGCAGUUUUCUCAGAUGCUGGUGCAGGAUGACGAGCCGUUGGCUGACAUUAACCAGAUUGUAGACGUUUUCAUGGAAAACAGUUUAAUUCAGCAAUGUACUUCCUUCUUGUUGGAUGCCUUGAAGAAUAAUCGCCCCGCUGAGGGGCACCUCCAGACUCGGCUGUUGGAGAUGAACCUGAUUCAUGCACCCGAGGUUGCGGAUGCCAUGCUGGGAAACCAGAUGUUCACUCACUACGAUCGGGCCCACGUCGCCCAGCUGUGUGAGAAGGCAGGCCUGCUGCAGCGGGCGCUGGAGCACUACACUGACCUCUACGACAUCAAGAGGACCCUUGUGCACACACACCUCCUUAAUCCCCAGUGGCUUGUCAAUUUCUUUGGCUCCUUAUCGGUGGAGGACUCUGUGGAGUGUCUGCGUGCCAUGCUGUCUGCCAACAUCAGACAGAACCUGCAACUGUGUGUGCAAGUGGCCUCUAAGUACCACGAGCAGCUGGGCACGCAGUCCCUGGUGCAGCUCUUUGAAUCCUUCAGGAGUUACGAAGGCCUCUUCUGCUUCCUGGGCUCAAUCGUCAACUUCAGCCAAGAUCCAGACGUGCAUUUGAAAUACAUCCAGGCCGCCUGUAAGACGGGGCAGAUCAAGGAGGUGGAACGGAUAUGCCGAGAGAGCAGCUGCUACAACCCGGAGCAUGUGAAGAACUUCCUGAAGGAGGCCAAACUCACAGACCAGCUUCCCCUCAUCAUCGUGUGUGAUCGGUUUGACUUUGUCCACGACCUCGUCUUGUAUUUGUACCACAACAGGCUGCAGAAGUACAUCGAGAUUUACGUGCAGAAGGUCAACCCUAGCCGGACCCCAGCUGUGGUUGGAGGGCUGCUUGAUGUGGAUUGUUCUGAGGAAGUGAUUAAAAACUUAAUCAUGGCAGUGAGAGGACAGUUCUCUACUGAUGAGCUGGUGGCCGAAGUAGAAAAAAGAAAUAGGCUCAAGUUGCUGCUUCCCUGGCUGGAGUCCCGGAUUCAGGAGGGCUGCGAAGAGCCUGCCACUCACAACGCACUCGCAAAAAUCUACAUUGACAGCAAUGACAGCCCUGAGCGCUUCCUGAGAGAGAAUGCCUACUAUGACAGCAGCGUGGUGGGCCGGUACUGUGAGAAGCGGGACCCACAUCUGGCCUGCGUCGCCUAUGAGCGGGGGCAGUGUGACCUGGAGCUCAUCAAGGUCUGCAAUGAGAAUUCUCUGUUCAAAAGUGAGGCCCGCUACCUGGUGCACAGGAAGGAUCCGGAGCUCUGGGCUCAUGUCCUUGAGGAGAGCAACCCAUCCAGGAGACAGCUGAUUGACCAGGUGGUACAAACAGCAUUGUCAGAAACACAGGAUCCUGAAGAGGUCUCAGUCACCGUCAAAGCCUUUAUGACAGCCGACCUGCCUAAUGAACUGAUUGAGCUGCUGGAGAAGAUUGUUCUGGAUAAUUCUGUCUUCAGCGAGCACAGGAAUCUCCAGAAUCUGCUGAUUCUGACCGCCAUCAAGGCGGACUGCACACGUGUCAUGGAGUACAUCAGCCGCCUGGACAACUACGAUGCCCCAGACAUCGCAAGCAUCGCCAUCAGCAGUGCGCUGUACGAGGAGGCGUUUGCCAUCUUCUGCAAGUUCGAUGUGAACACCUCUGCAGUCCAGGUCCUGAUCGAGCACAUCGGAAACCUAGACCGAGCAUAUGAGUUUGCCGAGAGAUGCAACGAGCCUGCCGUGUGGAGCCAGCUGGCCCAAGCCCAGCUGCAGAGAGACUUGGUGAAGGAAGCCAUCGACUCCUAUAUCAGAGCGGACGACGCUUCCUCUUACCUGGAAGUCGUGCAGGCAGCCAGCAGGAGUAACAACUGGGAGGAUCUAGUUAAAUUCCUGCACAUGGCCAGGAAAAAGGGCCGUGAGUCCUAUAUAGAAACAGAACUUAUUUUUGCCUUGGCUAAAACCAGCCGUCUGUCUGAGCUGGAAGAUUGUAUCAAUGGACCCAACAAUGCCCACAUCCAGCAGGUUGGAGACCGCUGCUAUGAGGAGGGCAUGUAUGAGGCUGCCAAGCUGCUGUACAGCAACGUCUCUAACUUUGCCCGCCUGGCGUCCACCUUGGUCCACCUCGGGGAGUAUCAGGCAGCUGUGGACAGCAGCCGCAAGGCCAGCAGCACCCGCACGUGGAAGGAGGUGUGCUUCGCCUGCGUGGACGGGCUGGAGUUCCGCCUCGCGCAGCUGUGCGGCCUUCACAUCGUCGUCCUCGCAGAUGAGCUGGAGGAGCUGACUCGCUAUUACCAGGAUCGGGGCCACGUUGAGGAGCUGAUCUCGCUGCUGGAGGCAGCCCUGGGCCUGGAGCGGGCCCAUGUGGGCAUGUUCACCGAGCUGGCCGUCCUCUACUCCAGAUUCAAGCCGCAGAAGAUGCUGGAGCACCUGGAGCUCUUCUGGUCCCGUGUCCACAUCCCAAAGGUGCUGAGAGCUGCGGAGCAGGCGCACCUCUGGGCAGAGCUGGUGUUCCUCUACGACAAGUACGAGGAGUACGACAAUGCCGUGCUCACCAUCCUCAACCACCCCACCGAGGCCUGGAAAGAAGAUCAGUUCAAGGACAUCAUUGCCAAGGUUGCCAACGUCGAGCUCUGCUACAGAGCCCUGCAGUUGUAUCUGGAUUACAAACCGCUGCUCGUUAGUGACCUGCUGCUGGUGCUCUCACCCCGGCUGGAUCACACUCGGACGGUCGAUUUCUUUUCAAAGGUAGGCCAGCUGCCCCUGGUGAAGCCUUACCUGCAGUCAGUCCAGUACCACAACAACAGGAGUGUCAACGAGGCGCUGAACCACCUGCUGACGGAAGAGGAGGAUUAUCAGGGCCUGAGGGCUUCUGUCGAUGCCUACAACAACUUUGACAGUAUCGGCCUGGCUCAGCGGCUGGAGAAGCACCAGCUGAUGGAAUUCAGGCGCAUCGCGGCCUAUCUGUACAAGCGCAGUAAUCGGUGGGCCCAGAGUGUGGAGCUCUGCAAGAAGGAUCAUCUCUACCAGGAUGCCAUGCAACACGCCGCAGAGUCGCGGGAUGCCGAGCUGGCCGAGAAGCUGCUGCAGUGGUUCCUGGAGGAAGGCAGGCGGGAGUGCUUUGCAGCCUCGCUCUUCACCUGCUAUGACCUGCUCCACCCAGACGUGGUGCUCGAGCUGGCCUGGAGACACGACCUCGUGGACUUCGCCAUGCCCUACUUCAUCCAGGUGACGAGGGAGUACCUGAGCAAGGUGGACAAACUGGAUGCCUCAGAGAGUCUCCGUAAGCAAGAGGCACAUGUGGCAGAGCCCACCCCUCUCAUGUUUGACCCACAGCAGAUGCUGACAGCCGGCCCUGCCCCUGCCGGCUUCCCCUGCGAAUACACUGCUGCUCCCGCCUUCACCCAGACUCCUGUGUACGGCUUCAGUGUGUACUGGGCGCUGUCUCUCCAAGGAGCCUGUCACUCUUGGGCACAGAGGACCCCAGUGGGAGGCAGGGACACCCGGACAUUAUUUAUUUUUGCUGAAGCCCAAUGAUGGCAACCUCUGAGUCAUCCUGGAGCCCAGGGAGGCCAGGGUAGACUCCCCACUCCCCAGAGUAGACACUGACUGCCCAAGACUAGCUCCAGACUCCUGCAGGGAGGUGGACCUCUGCCUCUCCGCUCUCUGGCUAGAGCCAGGCGUCACCAGGGAGGUUCUUCUCAAGGAUUCCCUGUCGCUUGGGGGGAAGGGCACCCUCCCUUCACCCCACACUGGCUAGAAGUGUUUCUACCAGGCCAUUUCGGAGACACAACAUGAGUACGUCUUGUAUGGAGGUGUCAGAGGUCCUAACACGGCUCUGAGCCUCCUGCCGAUCAUGAAUAUUAAAGUCGGUUUAUCGACGCUAA